AUUAUAUCUAAAGCAUCAAAACAAAAAGGUUAUACAGCUGGAAUACCAAAAAACCUCCACUAUAAAAUGGAGCAGGUCCUGGUGAAAGAGGAAUCACAAUUAGAAGACGAGGACAUUCAAGUGUACAAUGCGGCCCAAGUUAGAGUGGAGCAUCUAGUAAAAGAAGAAUACGAAGUGGACGAGGACUUUGCGAUGCAGGAUUUUAUGAUGGAAACUCGUCAACCACCUAUUAACCAACUGGCCGAGAUCAGCCAACGUGUACGGGCCUUAGAAACCGCAUUGGAGACGAACACGAAGCAGCUGGCGGAGACCACGAACCAGGUUGCAAGGAUGGCGGACUUGUUGGAGUCAUUUUUAUUCAAGGGGAAGGCGAAGGAUGUGACUGUGGAAGUGGCGUUCCCAGUCGCAUCGGAAGAGGACCUUGUAGCUUUAGAGCUUAAAAUAAGCUCAGUGUCAAAAGAACGCUACAUGGAAGCUAUAACCAAAAUUUUAAAGCGCAACCAUUUGCCCAAGGCAAUCAAGGGCAUUUUGACGGAACCGCUCUUGUGCGCCUAUAACAUAGACGGCCUUAACGGGAAAAAGUCUUUAAAAGCAUUUCCCAAAUUCUUUUCCGUUAUGAUUGAUAGUAUAAGCACAUUAGAAGGCCAGCAGCCAGCGGAGAAGGCCUUGGCCCAUGCACUGACAUGUGCUAAAAAUAAUGCAAAUAAAAAAAGAAAAAAAUUAAUGUAAAUAAAACAAAAAAAUUAUUUAAA